UGAAUGAAUGAAUGAAUGAAUGAGUGGGUCGGUGUGUCAACAGAAUGCUGUUAAAGUCCAGUUUGAAGCCUUUAAAGCAGAAGAACUAAACUAAGCUGCUUCCUGUGAUCCAGUAAAGUUUUUAUGAUACAACCUGCUGCGCAGUUCUGAAAGUUCAGUUGAAAUCAUCUUUUUACUGCAGUGUCCACAGAUUUCAUAUUAAAGUAUUCUGUGUGUUUAGUUUUCUAUUAUUGUGACCUGCAGCUACACCUGGUUCACAAAAAAAUCACCAGCUGACUUCUGGAUUAUCUUUUUGUUUUUAUUUAUUGUUAAUGGGCUCAAAGAUUAAUCUUUAAAUGACUCCUUAGUUUUCCUUCAUAUUAUCAGAACUUAUUCCAUCUGCUUGUCCAACAUUCCAGAUCCUGAAUCAGUGGUUAGAAAUCAGAGUAAAGUGGGUGGACGGUCAGUUUGUGGCUGCUGGAGGAAGCAGUGUGUUGAUCAGAAGCUGCAGUUUGUGACUCUGCUGCUCCUUCAGUCAGGUUUUAAUUAGACUCAGUCCAUUUGUUGGUCUUUAACAUUAAAAAGGUUGAAUGUUGAAAUAAUCAGCCACAUGAAAUCAGUCAGAAUCAGCCUGUAAAAUGUGCUCUUAUUGUGAAACUCUGCCUGCUGCUUCCUCAUAGGUGGAGUCCUGACUGGUUCCAGUUAACAGUUCAUUGUUUCUGAGCAUCCAGGAGUGGACUGGAAACUUUCUUCUUCUUCUUCUUCUUCAGAGCUUUGAAUAAAGUGUAAGUUUGCUUUGUUUGCUGCUUUAACUUCAGUAAUGUUGCUGUUUGUUUCUGCUCUGUCAUGUUUCUACAUGUUCACUUCUUAUUUCACCACAGACUCUGGAUCACUGCUGUUUAAACGUGGAUCAGUAUGAUUAUUAGGUUAUUGAUUGACUGUAAUCAGUCAAUAUUUCUAUUAGAUUAUUGAUUGACUUCAGUCAGUUUGAUCAGCUGCUGAUGUUUCUUUGUUUCUUCAGAAUAUAAACUGCGUCAUGUCUUCUUUACUUUCGGUUUCUCUGUGAGUCUCUGCAGCUCCAUGACUCCAUCUGCUGGACUGAUAGCAGAAGUGCAGCAGCUGAUCUUCUCCAGGAAGUGACGGCAGCCUGCAGACACAGAGGAGGAUUUUCUCUCAGACCUGGUCCACACAGCAGAGAGCUGCAGAGGAAGAAGCUGAGGAGCCAUGAUGACGGCUGAGGACCUCAAAAAGAUCCUGGAUGAUCUGAGUAGAUCUGAACUGCAUACAUUCCAGUGGUUCCUGCAGAAGACCAACAAUGUUCAAGACCUCCCAGCCAUCAAAAAGAGCCAACUACAGACAACAGACAGUUGUAAAACUGUGGAUGUGAUGGUGCGGACUUAUGGACUUCAGAGAGCUGUACAGGUGACCAGGGUGGUUUUAGAGAAGAUCCACAGGAAUGAUCUGCUGCAGAGUUUACCUGCCAGCAGCUCAGGACCAGAAGUGAAUGUCAGUGAUGUUGGAGAGACUUCAGGGAACAGAGACUCUUCCUCCUCUCAGACUCAGCCUCCUCUUCCUCAGACUGAAGAUCAGACUGUUAAGGUACCAGAACCACGUCCCAUCACAUAUUACCAACAGAAGCUUCAGUCGAACUUCCAGGACUCGUUUCUGGUUACAACAGAGGGGUGGGCAGCAGAUAAGCAACUUCUGGUUGAUAUCUACACUGAGCUGUACAUCAUUGCUGGCCGAGACGUGCACGACAACACACAGCAUGAGGUCCUACAGAUUGACAAGGUGUGGAAGCCAUCAGACACAGAGACACGGAUCGAACCCAGAGACAUUUUCAAGCAUCCUUCUGGAAAAGACAUACCCAUCAGAACAGUGCUGACCAAUGGGAUUGCAGGGAUUGGAAAAACAUUCCUCAUGCGCAAGUUUGUGUUGGACUGGGCUGAAGGAAGAACCAAUCAAGACGUGCAUCUUAUUUUCCCGUUCACUUUCCGUGCCUUGAAUUCACUGCAGGGAAAAAAGUUUCGUUUGGCAGAGCUCAUUCAUUUCUGUAUCCCAGAAACUGAAGACAUCACAGAGGAGGCUCUGAAUUACAUCUUUACAGCUCUGCAGUCAUCAGGAAACAGCAGCUACAAGAAGAGCAGAUUCAAACUGCUGUUUGUGUUUGACGGACUGGAUAUGAAUCGCCUUCAUCUGGACUUUCAUGACAACAUUCGCUCCAUUGACAUAACAAAGUCAAUUAAAAUCGAAGUCCUGCUGAGGGAACUUAUCAGUGGAAACCUGCUGCGCUCAGCUUGCCUCUGGAUAACCACACGGCCUGCAGCAGCCAAUCAGAUCCCUCCUCACUAUGUGGACAUGGAGACAGAGGUCAGAGGGUUCACCGACCCACAGAAGGAGGAGUACUUCAGGAAGAGAUUCAGAGAUGAGAAGCAGGCCAUCAGCAUCAUCUCCCACAUGAAGAAGUCACGAAGCCUCCACAUCAUGUGCCACAUCCCAGUGUUCUGCAGGAUCACUGCUACAGUUCUGGAGGAGCUGCUGAGAAGCAGAGAGGGAGGAGAUCUGCCCAGAACCCUGACUGAGAUGUAUGCAGAGUUUCUAAGAUUUCAGAUUAAUCACACAAAAGAAAAGUACGGUCCAGAGACGUGCAUUCGGUACAUUAACUCAUUAGCCAAACUGGCUUUUGAACAACUGCAAAAGGGCAAUUUGAUCUUUUAUGAGAAAGAUCUGAGUGAAAGUGGCAUCGAUGUGAUUGAAGCCUCAGUGUACUCAGGAGUGUUCACAGAGAUCUUCAAAGCAGAGCGAAGACAGAAACAGGAAGACAAGACGUUCAGCUUCAUCCAUCUGAGCGUUCAGGAGUUUCUGGCUGCUCUUCAUGUCCAUCAGACCUUCAUCACCUCUGGAAUCAACCUGCUGGAGGAAGAACAACAAACAACAUCCUGGUGGUCUAUACUGUUCAGAAAGAAACUUGAUCCAACAACAGUGUUCUACCAGAGAGCUGUGGACGAGGCCUUACAGAGUCCAAACGGACACCUGGACUUGUUCCUGCGCUUCCUCCUGGGUCUGUCACUAACAUCCAAUCAGAACAAAUUACAGGAUCUGCUGAGAACAUCAGACAGGAGCUCACAGACCAAUCAGAAAACAGUAGAGUACAUCAAGAAGAAGAUCACUGAGGAUGUGUCUGCAGAGAGAAGCAUCAAUCUGUUCCACUGUCUGUAUGAACUGAAGGAUGUUUCUCUCAUGGAGGAGGUCCAACAGUCCCUGAGAUCAGGACAUCUGUCCACAGAUAAACUGUCUCCUGCUCAGUGGUCAGCUCUGGGCUUCAUUUUACUCUCAUCAGGAGAAGAUCUGGACGUGUUUGACCUGAAGAAAUACUCUGCUUCAGAGGAUGUUCUUCUGAGGCUGCUGCCAGUGGUCAAAGCCUCCAAGAAAGUUCUACUGAGUGACUGUAAUCUGUCAGAGAGAAGCUGUGGAGCUCUGUCCUCAGUCCUCAGCUCCCAGUCCUCCAGUGUGACAGAGCUGGACCUGACUAACAACAACCUGCAGGAUUCAGGAGUGGAGAGUCUUUCUGCUGGACUGGAGAGUCCACAUUGUAAACUGGAAGCUCUCAGACUGAGUGGCUGUAAUCUGUCAGAGAGAAGCUGUGGAGCUCUGUCCUCAGUCCUCAGCUCCCAGUCCUCCAGUGUGACAGAGCUGGACCUGACUAACAACAACCUGCAGGAUUCAGGAGUGGAGAGACUUUCUGCUGGACUGGAGAGUCCACACUGUAAACUGGAAGCUAUCAGACUGAGUGGCUGUAAUCUGUCAGAGAGAAGCUGUGGAGCUCUGUCCUCAGUCCUCAGCUCCCAGUCCUCCAGUGUGACAGAGCUGGACCUGACUAACAAUAACCUGCAGGAUUCAGGAGUGGAGAGUCUUUCUGUUGGUCUGGAGAGCCCACACUGUAAACUGGAAGCUCUCAGACUGAGUGGCUGUAAUCUGUCAGAGAGAAGCUGUGGAGCUCUGUCCUCAGUCCUCAGCUCCCAGUCCUCCAGUGUGACAGAGCUGGACCUGACUAACAACAACCUGCAGGAUUCAGGAGUGGAGAGUCUUUCUGUUGGACUGGAGAGUCCACACUGUAAACUGGAAGCUCUCAGACUGAGUGGCUGUAAUCUGUCAGAGAGAAGCUGUGGAGCUCUGUCCUCAGUCCUCAGCUCCCAGUCCUCCAGUGUGACAGAGCUGGACCUGACUAACAACAACCUGCAGGAUUCAGGAGUGGAGAGACUUUCUGUUGGUCUGGAGAGUCCACACUGUAAACUGGAAGCUCUCAGACUGAGUGGCUGUAAUCUGUCAGAGAGAAGCUGUGGAGCUCUGUUCUCAGUCCUCAGCUCCCAGUCCUCCAGUGUGACAGAGCUGGACCUGACUAACAACAACCUGCAGGAUUCAGGAGUGGAGAGACUUUCUGUUGGUCUGGAGAGCCCACACUGUAAACUGGAAGCUCUCAGACUGAGUGGCUGUAAUCUGUCAGAGAGAAGCUGUGGAGCUCUGUCCUCAGUCCUCAGCUCCCAGUCCUCCAGUGUGACAGAGCUGGACCUGACUAACAAUAACCUGCAGGAUUCAGGAGUGGAGAGUCUUUCUGUUGGUCUGGAGAGUCCACACUGUAAACUGGAAGCUCUCAGGCUGUCAGGCUGUCUGGUCACAGAGGAAGGCUGUGCUUCUCUGGCCUCAGCUCUGAGCUUCAAGACCUCAAAUCUGAGAGAGCUGGACCUGAGCUACAACCAUCCAGGAGACUCAGGAGAGGAGAUGCUGAGAGCUAAAGUGGAGGAUCCACACUGUAGACUGGAAAUUCUCAGGGUGACGCCUGCAGGAGUCCCAUGGUUGACACCAGGUCUGAGGAAGUAUUCCUGUCAACUCACAGUCGACAAAAACACAGUAAACCGAGGACUGAAACUGUCUGACAAGAACAGGAAGGUGACAGCUGUGGAGGAGGUUCAGUUGUAUCCUGAUCAUCCAGACAGGUUUGACUGGUGGCAGCUGCUGUGUAGAACUGGUCUGACUGGUCGCUGUUACUGGGAGGUGGAGUGGAGAGAAAUGGUUCAUAUUUCAGUGAGUUACAGAGGAAUCAGAAGGAAAGGAAACAGUGAUGACUGUCAGUUUGGAUGUAAUGAUCAGUCCUGGAGUCUGAUCUGCUCUGAUGAUGGUUACUCUUUCUGGCACAAGAACAGUCUAACAUCCAUCAGGUCCUCCUCAGUCUCUGACAGAGUUUCAGUUUAUGUGGACGUUGAUGCUGGAACUCUGUCCUUCUACAGAGUCUCCUCUGACUCUCUGAUCCACCUCCACACCUUCAACACCACAUUCACUGAAACUCUGUAUCCUGGAUUUGGGUUCUGGUAUCCUGGUUCCUCAGUGUUUCUGUGCUGAGUUGAGUCUCCAGAGUCUCCUCCUGGUACAGAAACAUUGUUGAACAGAUAGAUGAGUCUCUCCAUGACUCUGUCCCUCACAAACAUGUUUUCACAUUCAUGGAUUAAAUGUGUUUCUUUGUCAAAUCCUUCUAAAUGAUUCCUUGUAAACUUGUUCCUCUUUAAAGAUGGAAGUUGUGAUUAUUCCAGGAGCCAAAUGUGGUGUUUGGGUGUUUUUCCAGUCAAAUGUUGAGAGUGAAAAUCAGGAUGUGGUGUUCCUCUGACGCUCACUUGAACUAAAAGCAUUUGAGCUGCACAAAGUGUGAAAUCAGAGAGGAAGCAGUGAAUCUACAAACUGCUGACAGACUUUCACACAUUAUUGUCCAGAGAAAAUCAGGUUUUUGUGCAGCCACACUUGAUCCUGGUUUCAGCAGACUGACCUGUUUAUGUGGAUUAAGUUCAUUUUUAUUUGCUUUUCAUGAAUUUCUUAUUCAACAGAGAUGAUUAUUUUAAUGUCUCAGUGAAUAAUUUUGAAACAAAAAAACUCUGUAUGUGUGGAUUUUUUUUUAUCUCUGUACUUAGUUUUAAUAAUUUGUUUGUUUAAUAUUUAAUUUUGGAUUUCUUAAUGUUUCCUUGAAGCCCAAAUUUCAGCAUCAGUAUUUUUGUCGUGUUGAUGUCAGUAAAUCUCAGCUUCAGUAGAAAGUCUUGGUUUGGUGGAACUCUGUCCAUCACACACUGCCACAACUUUUCUGGAUAUUUUUAAAGUUUGAAUUUCCUUCAUUUCUUUUCAUUCCUUCUAUGUAAAUUCCUUUUUUUUUUUUGUCUGAUGUGGUGAGUCAGUUCAGGUGGUCAGGAUUACUACACAGAUGUGGAAAUGUAUGUACAUUACAAAUAACUUGUAGAUACUGACAGUUUCUACUAAGUGUACUGUGAAAUAUGCAAAUAUUUUUCAGUGCUGUGUGACAUUUUUUCCUUUGUAGAUCCACUGUGAUCUUUAAGUUGUCAUGCUCAUGUGUAAAUGAAACUGAAGCAUAAUUUUGUUGAAUCUUGUUUAACUCAGAUUUCAGGCUGUUCAUAAAAUAUUUUAUAAAAGGAGAGUUCAAUAAAUGUGAACAUUUGAAAAAAAAAAAGUGUUUUCUGUAUUUC